GGCGCCUCUCUUGGCUCUCUCCGUUGCUGCGAGCUCCUUGCGACACUGCACACAGCGCAGAUCGACUCGCGUCGCGAACUCGUGCAGACCUCUCGAGAGCUUGGUUAAAACAGAGCAGCGCACCGUUAGCCGUGAGGCAGCAGCAGCAGCCACAGCCGCAGUCGCGCGAUUUAGCAUAUAGUCAUAUAGCUUCUCCGUUAUAAUACGAAGUUUCGAUCAACACCUUUUCAUCUCCUCGUUCUCGUGGACGCGAUAUACUCUCAGCUCGCAGAUCACUCGCGAAUCCGCGUGCGGAUCCGUUUUCCUCCGUAUUACCCGUAUAACGAACGAGUUUAAAAGCCGCCAAGAUGAGCACUGGAAUGCCGGAGCUCGGCUCCAAGAUCAGCCUCAUCUCCAAAGCCGACAUCCGCUACGAGGGAAGGCUCUUCACCGUCGAUCCCCAGGAGUGCACCAUCGCCCUCGCCAAUGUUAAAUCUUUUGGAACCGAAGAUAGAGAGACACAGUUUCCUGUUAUGCCUCAAAAUCAAGUUUAUGAGUACAUAUUGUUUCGAGGCUCUGACAUCAAGGACAUUAGAGUCGUCAACAACUCUUGUACCUUGCCCAAUGAUCCAGCCAUUGUCCAGAUGGCCAUGCAGCCCAACAGUGCCGGAGCUUACAACUCUCAUUCUACCAACUACAAUAUGAUGGGGCAGAUGAGUCCACACUACGGUGGCCCACCCUAUGGUAUGAAUAUUGGUCAGAUGAAUCCUAUGAUGGGUAUGGGUGGCCUGCAGAAUCGUCAGCCAAUGAAUAAACAGCCAAGUGUUUUGGAUCUCAUCUCGGGAAAUUCACGCUCGAAUACCCCAGCAAAUAUGAUACAAAGGUUGAGCCCUACAGUUGAUCAAGGAGUCCAAACUGCCCAACAAGCAGGUGCUAAUAAGGCGAAUAAGCAAAACCUAAGAAAUGUACUUGGGCAUCAAGAUCGUGAUCCCCAUGGUAGUGGUAGAACUAGUGGAAUGUCGCAAUAUAGCGAGGGUAAACAACAACAUAAUCAGAACAAGGAGCAUUACCAGGGCCCAACCAAUUUGCGUAAUCGUGGUGGAAACAAUCAAGGCUGGGGUAAUCAGCGUGGAAAUAUGCGUAACCCUCGUGGACCUGGUAACGGAGGACCCGGACCUCGCGGUCGUGGCAAUUAUAGAAAUGCUUUGCCUGGUGGCAAAGCAAAACCAAUCAAGUUUGACAAUGAUUACGACUUCGAGCAAGCUAACACAGAAUUUGAAAAUCUCAAAUCACAAAUAAGCAAAAUGAAGAUUGACGGUGAAAACGAUAAGAAUAUUGACAGCGGCAACGAGACUGGAGUUGACAACCAUGAGAUUGAAGAAUCUGCUGAAGAAUCCGUUUGUUACGACAAGACCAAAUCAUUCUUUGAUAACAUCAGCUGUGAAGCAGUUGAAAGGAGCAAAGGCCGAUCUCAACGUACAGACUGGAGGACUGAACGUAAAUUGAACUCUGAAACCUUUGGUGUUUCGUUAACGAGACGCCCUCCUGGAAGUUACCGUGGAGGCCGUGGCUACUAUAAUAACCGUGGAGGAAAUAUGGGAGCCUAUCGAAAUAACCAAGGAGGUAACCAAAAUUACCGUGGUGGAUACAGAGGCAACAGAGGAAAUCAGAAUCGUAACAAACAACACCCCAACCACCAGCAACAGCCUAACAACGCUCAAUCUAAUUCCGGCACCACGCAAUCAAACAACCAAAGCAACCGCAACGCCACGACUGAAAAUAACACCGCCAGCGUAUCCGCACCAGCGGCAGCGAGUCAGCCACAGCAGAGUAACCGUCUUGUCACCGGAACUGCGUAAUUAUUGUUUUCCCCUCGCGAAUCUCGACUUUUACGAGAAAAAACUCAAUAACUAGCUCUUCUACGCGAAAAUUAAAUAAUAACACGAAGGGGUUUUUUCAUAAUGCUAAGGUGAAGUACAAGUAUAUUAGUAGUGCGAUAAAGAAAAUCGAGCUUUGUCUAUCAAUUGCUCAAUGUUUUACGCUAAACACAGAAAAUGAUAGAUCAAAGUUCUGAUUUCUGUGUCUAACCCCAUAUACAUUUGAUGACUAUGAAUAUAGAAAUAACGAUCCGUAAAUGCGCUACUAAUUUAUAAGUAUUUAUUAAUAAAAUGUAAGAUUUUACGGUAAUCGCGUGCGAGUCUAAUAAUUUUCAGGCUGGAAAUGAGAUAAAAGCAUGAUAAUGAAAUGUAAAAAUAAGUAAAAAAGAAGGUGUUUAGAUGAGUAAGAAUUUACGAGAGAUGAAAAUUAAAACGAAAUAUAGAUUCCUAGAAUUAUUGUAGUAAAACUCGUGGGAGUACAGCGAAAGUUUUGUUAAAAAUGUAGUAGACGAACAUUAAAAAGAGAGAGAGGAAAAAAAAAUUGAAACUAACACUUGUAAUUGUAAAUUAGUAAAGCAGGUAGUUUAACUAUCUGCGCGCGUGUGUGCGUAUGUUAAUAAUAAACUCGAGGGAAGUGCACCGGAUGCAUUUCGAUUUAGAUUAACAGAUGGAUUAUAUCCAUUUUUGAUUUUUUGUUUGAUGAAUGUUUUUUUCAUGAUCAAAUUGAAACGCCACACAAACGCACGCGCACACCACGGCACAUUUCACACAUUAUUUCGUCUACUAUUGCACUACCAAUAAUUAUAUGUAUAUGUACGUACGCACCGUCGUCAUAUAACUUUAUUUUGACAAGGAGAAACGUGAUUUAAUAGAACUUGUACAAAGAGAUCGGGAGAUAUUUUUAAUGAAUUUUUUCAAUGAUGGAAUGGCUUUUGGAAAGACAGGUGACCCAUGGCAUAGUUGGAUUGUAUCCGCAUGACGGAAGUGAUGGCAAAUGAUAAUCGAGUAAAACUAAUCGAUAAUUGUAACUUAACGAAUAUUUUAAUUCGAAAUAUUUUUCGUAGUAAUCGAAUGUGAUUCGAAUCCUUCAUAAAUCAUGUUUCUCUUUAAGUAAAUUGUGUUUAGUCCAAACGGUGUUAACAGCUGGUUUUUACAGAGACGUAAAUGAAACUCUGCGUAAUUAUGUAGUAGUUAAGUAUUAGAGGAUAGCUGGGACAAAAUAUGCCUCUAGAAUCGAAUGAAUGCGAUAAACUCUCUCUCUUUUUUAUCGUGCCGUGGUGAUAGCAUUUUGUGUAAAAAAAUAAGGAAUGGAAAGUAAGGAAAAAAUUAAUAAUCAAUUAUUUCGAUUAUAGCUGUAAAUCUUAGUAACCUGCUUUAAUAAGUCGUCGUAUAAAAUGAUAAUUAACAAAAAAAAAAAUUAGCUUUUCUAUCUCGGGAGAGCGUUCUUAUUGUAUUUAAAGUUACCAGUGCCUGGUACGACUUUUCUUCCAAUAUUACAAAAGAAAGAAAAAAAAAUUAAAAAAAAAACUGGUGUCGUUGGUGCGCUUUCAUCGUAUCUUCUCGCUUACAUAAUAUCAAUGUUGUUUGUAACAGAACAUUGACCUCAAACUAGAGUAAAGGUAGGGUGAACGCGCUAUCAGCGACGCUGACCAAAAAAAGACUUUGUAAGUGCAGGUUACUCCGUGAAUGAGAAUGAUGAAGUCAGAGGUGUUAUGUUCCGGACGAGUAUCAAGGCGCGCGCGCCAAUUUUGAUCAACGUGUGUUUUUAUCACAGAAGUGCGUAUGUUAUACAAAAGUGUAAGAAAAUGGCUUGGAAGCGAAAAAAGAAAAUGAUGAUUGUAGUUUUCUUUUUGCACGUCGUUUACCGAUAUAGAUUAUUGGAUAUUUACGGUGCGCCGUUUUCAAACUUUUUCAAACAGUUUGAUAUAUUACAUUCUCAAAGUAACACGUAACAUAUGCGAUACAGUGUAGCAAACGAAUGGGGGCAAAUAUGAAAAAGUUAUCUGAUAAGUCGUAUAACUUGUAUUAGCUUUCCAGACAGUUUUGAUUAAAAUAAAGAAUUCGUUUUUUUGAA